UAUUAGAUCCACCUUUUGGAAUUAAACGUUAUUUUACUCUCUCAUUUUCCCUACUUUGCAAGUUUUUUGGAUACAUGAAAACCAAAACUUGAUAAUUUGUAACAAUUUUACAAAUUAUUUGCUUCGUCAACAAACAUAUUCUCUCAAUCGUUGGCGCGAUAUAUAUUGUUGAAUUUUAAUAAUUUAUUAAAUACAUCUAAAAAAUUUUCGUGCUGUCCACUAAACAAAAUAAUGCAGCCACUUACAGAUGCCAGCAAGGUACCAUUUGCCAAUUUGGGCGAGACGGACACCAGCUGCUCUGAGGGAAGUUUAUUAGCGUCAGAUGAUAGCGAGUUUCACUCGCCGUCAGUUAAUAAUGCUGAUACUGAUUAUGGUUUGGAUUUUACAGCUAACGGUAGUCGAUAUUUUCCGAAUGUGUCUAAACAACAACGUCCAGAUGGGAUUGUCUCAAAUUUGGGUAAGAAAAAUGAGAACUGCUCAGGGGCAAUUACUCAACGAGAAGAAUCAUCACAAGUUGCUCCUACACCAAAAAAGCCGUUAGAGGGACCAGAAAAUCUGCUUGGUGCCCGAACUAAGUCUGUAUCCCGUAAAAAGACGACUCGUAAAAACAAGAGCCAGUUUAAGGCCUUGAAAGAUUACCAAAAGUUAGCAUUACGCGUGGAUUUUAUGAUACCUCGCGCAGCGUUUGCGCGCGUUGUACGCGAAAUUAUGAUGAGCAUAGAUACUGAUGUGAGGUACAUAACAGCAACUGCGUUAGAGGCUCUGCAAGUAGCCACCGAAGCUUACGUUGAAGGGCGCUUGGAGGAUGCAAAUCUACUGGCUUUGCAUUCUCGUAGAGUUACGUUAAUGGCGAAAGAUAUGGAGCUUGUAAACUUUUUACGAAAUAAUAUUAGAUAGGAGGGCAAAUUUUUUUGAGCGUUUUUUUUUUUUUUUUUAGAAUUAAGCUAAUUUAAAAUUUGUUAUGUGUUUUUGUUACUUAAUUUUCAUGCCUGUUAUCAUUUAAAAAAAAAUAUAGAUUAUUCAUUUAUGUGCAA